GGAGCCAUGCCUCCGCAGCAGAGGAUAUCAGACACGCGGCUGGGCGAGCUUGUCCUGCGCCUGCUGCCCGAGCCGCUCUACUACUCGGCUGCCUUCCUCUACCCGGUGGCCUCGGCACUGGCAGGGCUGGGCGCGGUGUGGGCGCCUGCUGCUGUGCAGUUUAUCGCGUCACUGCCGUUGGUGAAGGCAGCGGGUCCUCUCAGCCCCUUGCUGCAUCACCUGGCUUCUACACAGCCUGGCGCCACGUUGCUGUCGGUGCUCGUCUCGCUGCUGACCGCCUACCUUGCCUUCAUUGUGAUGCCGCUGGGCGAUGCGCUGCUGGGGCGGGACCUACGGAAUCCAGAGGAGGAGGCGGUGGCAGGCACGCAGGAUGCCUUGUUCAAAGCUGUGUUGUAUGCAUACACAGCGGUCCAUCUCACAGUUCUCUGCGGCCUCUGCCACCUGCUCAGUACAACGCCCAUCCACCCGCUGGCCUUCCUGGGCACCACGAUCAGCGCAGGCGUGUCGGGCGGCAUUCUCUUCACCACUGCCCAUGAGCUUCUGCAUGGCACUCAUUGGAAGGACAAGCUGGGCGCAAAUCUGCUGCUAGCGGCUGUCGGGUACAUGCAUUGGACGCAGAGCCAUUUGGAUCACCACAAGAAGGUUGCCACCCCCGAGGACCCGGCCUCUGCAAGGCGGGGGGAGAACCUCUAUGCCUUUGUCUGCCGCAGUGUCUGGGGCAAUUUGGUUGAUGGUUACGGAGCAGAGCUGCGCCGGCUCAAGCGCAAGGGCAUCUCGCUGCUGAGCCCGCAGAACAGGAUGGUGGCCUGGAUUCUGUGCCCCAUGGCGCUGAUGGCCGCCGUGUUCCUGGCAUAUGGCUGGAAGGGCCUGGCCUUUGCUGUGGGGCAGGCGGCAGUUAGCGUCGUCAUGCUGGAGACUGUCAACUACAUCGAGCAUUACGGCUUGCAGCGCCAGAAGCUGCCGAAUGGCAGAUACGAGAAGGUGGGGCUGCAGCACUCCUGGAACGCGUCCUGGAUGGCGACCAGCGCUUUCUCUUUCAGGCUGCAGCGGCACGCCCAUCACCACCUUCACGCUGCAGCGCCGUAUCAGCUGCUGCGCGACCUGCCAGAUGCCCCACAGCUUCCCAUGUCCUACCCUGGGGCCAUGCUCUUGGCCGCUUGCCCCCCGCUGCACUUUGCAAUCAUGGAUGCCAGGCUGGAUGCAUACCAACAGAACAAACUGCAAGAGGCGGAAACCGCGCCCGCAGGUGAGGGUGACUGCGCCCCGCUCGUUCAACACGACCGCAAACCCUGAUGUCAACACGAAAAAAUGAGUGGCCUGUUUAUAACUCAACCUCCCUCAAACUCAACCUCCCUUAAUGAAUAGCUUUUCAUCAAACCCUGAUUGUGUGACAGUAAUUUCGCCAGUGUCCGCCCCUUUGAUUCAUCUUCCCUUACCAGCAGCAUGCUGAUGCUGAGUCACGUUGUUUCACAUCUCCUCUGGGCUAUGUAUAUUUAAUCACCGCCCCAUGAACCCAACCCGAUGCAUGGCCGUGUACCUUCCUAACCCGAUUUGGUUCGGUUGUAACAAAUUGUGUAACAUGUCAGAAGCAAA